GCAUUAAAAGCAUAAGAAUGCAUAACAUUCGGCACACACGCACACAGACACACAUGAAAUUUCGAAACAAGCAUAAAUCUUCAAUAUUAUGCAUGCAUAAACAUAAACUAUAACAUGAGCAUCGGAUUAUGGUGCGUUUCGGUCAACCUAGAAUUUCUGGUUCCAAAAAAAAGUGGUAGAAUUUCGUCCAUAUAAAUAGUCAAUGCAAGGCGUAGUUCAUCACAACAGUUUCAUCUGCAGUUCUAAGAGGAGCAAAGAAACAAACAAAACAAAAUCUAUCAAAAUGAAAUUCUUCAUCUUGACUUUGGCUUUGGUCGCCGGUGUUAUGGCUGACGUCUCUGAAUUGUCUUCUGGCUAUGACUACCAUGCUCCAGCUCCUUCCGCUCCCGUAAACACUUACAUUCCCCCAGCUGCCUCUGUGCCCGUGCCAGAGUACCACGCCCCAGCUCCUUCCGCCCCUGUCAACACCUACAUUCCUCCAGCUGCCUCUGCCCCUGCUCCAGUAUACCAUGCCCCAGCUCCAGCUCCCGUAUACCACGCCCCAGCUGCUACUGCCCCAGUCAACACUUACAUUCCCCCAGCUGCCUCUGCCCCAGCCCCAGUAUACCACGCCCCUGCUCCAGCCUACAGCGAAAGCUACUCUACCGCCGCCUCCGUUCCCUCUAACAGCUAUUUGGCUCCAGCUGCCUCUGCUCCCUCUAACAGCUAUUUGGCUCCAGCCGCUUCUGCUCCCGUUGCCUCUGCCUCUUUCGGCGAUGAUGGCUACCGUUACAAAACUGUCCGUCGUCGUGUGAUCCGCAAACGUUUCUAAACUGGGAAACGUUUU